GUCAUAAGUAUAUUAUUAUAGUGUACUUCCCAUAUCUUGGUGAUCUUCCCUAUUUUGCUCCUCGGUUUCCUCCUAAGCCCAUUCAUUUUUAAGGUCGAAAUUCACCUUGGAUAAUAUAUUUUAGUUAGAAGAAGACUAUUAUUCUUUAAAAACAUUCUUCUUGGGAAAGUAUAUUAUCAUUCGAUGGAUUAAAGAAAAGAUAAAUUAAUCCUGGUAUGCUAGGGAAUCGUCACCUUUCUUUCGAUUGAUGGAGGGUGAUUAAUGGAAAGAAUAAAACCCAACUUUGAAUUGAUGUCUUAUUCCAAGUCUCUUUCCAUCACCGUCGAUAAAUUGAGUGGACGAUAAUGACCCCACAAAGAACGUCCUACUCUCUUUCCAUGACCAUCCAUAAUUUGAGUGGACGAUGAUGGUUCAUAUUCCAUGGAUUAUACUUGCUUUCUCUCCAUGAAAAUACUCCAUGAUGUGUACUGACGAGAGAUCGGCCGUCCUAUCAUAGGAAAUGAACGGCGGAGGUGGUGAAGGUAGCGGGUCACAUGACAGCGGCCUGCAACUGGUGCAUCUCCUCUUGGCCUGUGCCGAAGCCGUAGCGAAAGAAGACUACCCUGCCGCCCACCGUUGCCUCCUCCACCUCUCCCGUGCCGCAUCCCCACUCGGAGAUUCUAUGCAGCGUGUCGCCUCGUACUUUGCCGAUGCCCUCUCUGCCCGCCUCUCCCCACCCCCAUCCCCUCAGCCUCAACCUGUUGCCCACCCUGCAGAGCUCCUAAAAAUUUAUCAAAUUCUGUAUCAAGCUUGCCCUUACAUCAAGUUCGCACACUUCACUGCAAACCAUGCCAUCUUCGAAGCCUUCGCGUCCGAGACACGAGUUCAUGUCAUCGAUCUCGACAUCCUCCAAGGGUAUCAGUGGCCUGCGUUCCUCCAGGCCCUGGCUGGCCGCCCUGGAGGGCCACCGGCUUUGAGACUGACAGGCAAGGUUCAUAAAACGUUAAGACAACAGUUUUCACGACAUCCGAACAUUAAAAAAGGUGAACAUGAGCAUUCGGCCUUUUCCGUUUGUAUACUAAUUUUGGUGCUUGUAAACUCGUUCACAGGACUGGGAUCGCAACUGGAGUUAGUACGGGAGACAGGGCGCCGGCUUGCGGACCUUGCCCACUCCCUCCGCGUGCCCUUCGAGUUCCAUGCUGUGGCCGAUCCCCUCGAAGAGCUCCGCCCACGUGCCCUCGGCCGCCGCAUUGGCGAGGCCCUUGCCAUCAACGCUGUCAACCGCCUCCACCAUGUCGCCCCCCAUGCCCUUGGCCCCCUCCUCGCCCUCUUCCGCGACCAAGCCCCCAAAAUCGUGACCCUCGUCGAACAAGAAGCAAGUCACAAUAGCCCCUAUUUUCUCAGUCGAUUCCUCGAAGCCUUGCACUAUUAUUCUGCAACUUUCGACUCUCUCGAUGCUACUUUCCCCACUGAUAGUCCUCAGAGGGCAAGAGUUGAGAAGUUUAUUUUUGCAGCCGAAAUUAAUAAUAUUGUGGCUUGUGAGGGGGCGGCAAGGGUGGAGAGACAUGAAAGACUGGAGAGAUGGAGGAGAGUGAUGGAGGGGAAGGGGUUUCGAGGGGUGCCAUUGAGCGCGAACGCAGUGAACCAGUCAAGGAUGUUGUUGAGCAUAUACACUUGCGACGGGUAUCGGCUUAACGAGGACGCCGGGUGCCUGUUGCUCGGUUGGCAGGACCGCCCUCUCAUCGCAGUGUCGGCAUGGCGGUGCUGAUUAACCGACUCUGUGAUCCCUGCCCUUUCUCUCAUAAUUCAGUCGUCUGUAUUUAGAUUCUCCUGACCGUCUCUGUAGUCCAUUUUAUUUCUUUCUUCAGGCAUUUGUUCAUUUACAUUACAAAAUAAAAUUUGGUCAUUUAUGUAUAAUAUCGACUCAAUGAAGUAUAUGAGGGAGCCGUUAUCUCUUUUGCUUCUGCAAGCCAGUUGGCACCCAAGUUUAUUUGUAAUUCCAGAUGCUGGGAAAGCUACGGUGCAUAUUACGGGUACAGUAUAGUCAGGGUUAGCACGGCCCCAUUGACGGGUGUCAGGACCACUCAACGAUCACCGUUCAAAUCAUGUGACGAUCGAAGGCUGUCCUAUAUUAUUGAUUUAUUUCCAUGUUCUCAUAUUUUACCUCAUACACCAACUGUGUGUGGAAUUAGUAAAUAUACCCGACCAGGAGAGUGACCUCCAGGAGAGUGACCUCCUGAUCAUGGACUGUGGAACGUACCCGACCAUGAGACCAAGCUCGUGAUCAUGGACGGUGGGGCUAAGCCAUUCCAGGCGUAUAUCAGUCAUUGUGGAAUAUAGCUGAUCUCCACCAUCCAUCAUCCAAAACGGAUGGAAGAUCUAUGACUGGUGUAACAUAUACCAUACAUUAGUGGUCUAUACAAAGGGCUCGCCUACUUGCAUACAACAGUGUUUCAAAGAUCGCAUGUUCCACUGGAGACUCGCCUGAGGCAGACUGAAAAAGGAGGCCCCGAAACUCGAGAAUUGCCCGAGUCUCCUGGUUUUCCAGUAAUCAGUAAGAAACCAAAUGCAGGCCAAUCCGAAUCGCACUUGCUCAAAGUUGUAUCAAGGACACUCGAGUCCCUGCAGGAUUAGAUGCCAAUUCAAAUUCUUCAAACACCACGUUAAAAAAUUAUUGAAAAUAUCCCUAUAUUUUUAAAAAAUCAAAAAAUAUCUUAUUCUCUUCAAAUAUACACCCAUACCCUUUCUUCACAAGUUUUUUAAUGCCCAAAACAAGUCUUUACAGACCUAGCAACUUCACAAGGGUCUGAACCAUACAAUUGGGUGCACGGGCUUUACGGAUUCUGGGCAUUAAAAAAUUACCACAAAAAAAAAAAGCUAUGGGAAUAAAUUUGAAAAACUAAUGGUAUUUUUUUAAUUUUUAAAAACAAAUAGAUAUUUCAAUAAUUUCCAAAAAAUUAAAAGGUUGAUCUUUUACCGCGCACGUUUUUAAAACGCCUUGAAAAUAUCUCCUUAUCUCCUAGUUUUUAACUUCCAUAUCUUAUGACACCCAAAAAUUGAAAAUAUUACUUGUAA